GGCCGCAAGCGGGGCGCGGGGAUCGGGGAGCGGCGCGGCCUGGGAGACACAGAGCCUUCAGGCGCCGGGGCGGGGGCACAGGCGAAGACUAAGGCGGCGCCGGGCCCCACAGCAGCAGCCGCAGCCCAAGCGAGCGCAGCAGCGCGGCGGCAGCCGCGGGAGCCCCUGGGCAGCCGUCCGCCCGCGCAGCCGCCGCCGCCGCGGGAGCCCGUCGCCGGGAGCAGGACCGGGCGGAAGACAACGGAGGGGCCGAGCGUCCGAGCCACUCCGCGGGGACCGAACGAGCAGCCCGAAGCGGCGGCGGCCGAGGACGGGGACAGCGACGACGCGGAGGCAGAGAAGGGAACGCCCGGCCCAGCCCCAGUUUCGCCCUGUUGCCCAGGCUGGAGUGGAAUGGCGCGAUCUCUGCUCACCACAACCUCCGCCUCCCGGGUUCAAGCGAUUCUCCUGCUUCAGCCUCCCGAGUGGCUAGGAUUACAGGCAUGCGCCACCACGCCCAGCUAAUUUUGUAUUUUUAGUAGAGACGGGGUUUCUGCAUGUUGGUCAGGCUGGUCUUGAACUCCCGACCUCGGGUGAUCCGCCCACCUCGGCCUCCCAAAGUGCUGGGAUUACAGGUAGCACAGGCGGAGUGCAGCGGAGGCCCCUGCCGCUGCCGUCAUGCCGUUCCCGUUUGGGAAGUCUCACAAAUCUCCAGCAGACAUUGUGAAGAAUCUGAAGGAGAGCAUGGCUGUUCUGGAAAAGCAAGACAUUUCUGAUAAAAAAGCAGAAAAGGCUACAGAAGAAGUUUCCAAAAAUCUGGUUGCCAUGAAAGAAAUUCUGUAUGGCACAAAUGAAAAAGAGCCUCAGACAGAAGCAGUAGCUCAACUUGCUCAAGAACUCUAUAAUAGUGGGCUCCUUAGCACCCUGGUAGCUGAUUUACAGCUCAUUGACUUUGAGGGCAAAAAAGACGUGGCUCAAAUUUUCAACAAUAUUCUCAGAAGACAAAUUGGUACGAGAACUCCUACUGUUGAAUACAUCUGCACCCAACAGAAUAUUUUGUUCAUGUUAUUGAAAGGGUAUGAAUCUCCAGAAAUAGCUCUAAAUUGUGGAAUAAUGUUAAGAGAAUGCAUCAGACAUGAACCACUUGCAAAAAUCAUUUUGUGGUCGGAACAGUUUUAUGAUUUCUUCAGAUAUGUCGAAAUGUCAACAUUUGACAUAGCUUCAGAUGCAUUUGCCACAUUCAAGGAUUUACUUACAAGACAUAAAUUGCUCAGUGCAGAAUUUUUGGAACAGCAUUAUGAUAGAUUUUUCAGUGAAUAUGAGAAGUUACUUCAUUCAGAAAAUUAUGUGACAAAAAGACAGUCACUGAAGCUUCUCGGUGAACUACUACUAGAUAGACACAACUUCACAAUUAUGACAAAAUACAUCAGUAAACCCGAGAACCUCAAAUUAAUGAUGAACCUGCUGCGAGACAAAAGUCGCAACAUCCAGUUUGAGGCCUUUCACGUUUUUAAGGUGUUUGUAGCCAAUCCUAACAAGACGCAGCCCAUCCUAGACAUCCUCCUCAAGAACCAGGCCAAACUCAUAGAGUUCCUCAGCAAGUUUCAGAACGACAGGACGGAGGAUGAGCAGUUUAACGACGAGAAGACCUAUUUAGUUAAACAGAUCAGGGAUUUGAAGAGACCAGCUCAGCAAGAAGCUUAAUCUCCAAUAAACAUCUAUGUUAAAUCCAAAUUCAGCAUUUGCUGUUAGCUAUUCAGCAUCAGGCACUCUUAUUGAUUCAUGAGGAACAUUACUGCUAAUCUGCUGUUAAGUGAACGGUUUUUCAUUUUACCCUUUUGUUUUUCAGUCCAGGUUGGAGAUCGUAGCUGCUGCUGCUUGCACACUAGGGCACAUGUGGGCUUUCUCUUGAUCUUUGUGUCAUUUCAGAAUUCAAAGACUGUGUGCUACGGGAGUUCUGAACAUGGCUGGGUUCAUGAAGGCAAAUGUAUGGAUGAGAGUGUGGUUUAGGAAAGAGGGCACUGAUAUCAGAUUAGACCUAUGUGUUUGCACCCAUCUUUGUUGGCGAUCUGAGUGCAGUGUGGCAAGUGCACACCUGGCAUCCCUGCGUCAGAUCGCGCACCUUCAGGUCGCGCACCUUCGCUGAAGGAAGAUGACUCAGAGCUUUAUCUGAAAUCAGAGGGGAACUAUCCAAAAUGGGAGUUUGGGGGCAGAUAAAGUUGACAUGCGAAUAAAUUGAUACUGAAACUUAGCAACUUCUUAAAAGUGUAAAGAAGCCUCAUAAGAUCAUAAGGAAAAUGUAUAUAUGCUUUUCACAGCUUUCUAGAAUUUUUUGACAUUUGAUUUUCUUGAGACUUGUAAACCUGGAUAUGUUGAAGGGUAUUUGUUAAUUUUACUUUUCAAAGAUACUUUAAAACAGUAGAGCUAGCAAUGACACCUUGCAUUUCAUUUCAACACUGCUUCAAGGUUUCUUUUGUAUAUAAUUCUUAGAAUGCUCAUUUCUUUUAAAUGGUUUAAUUUGUACAGCAGAGGAAUGUUAUUGUAGUAGUAUGUAACUAUUACCUAAUACUGAGUUUUUGCAAAAAACAAUGAAUGCUCAUAUGUAAUUGAAAUACUUCAGAUCACAUGAAAAUGCUGAUUUAACAUUUAAGUAUCACAGCAUUAAAAGACAAAGAAAGUAAACCAGUCCUUUGUAUUCAGUUACCUAAUGGGGUGCCAUCAAUAAGCUGCGAUACAGCCCUGGAGCUCAGUCAGCCACACCUUCCUGCAUCCUAUUGGCCUUAUUCAUUUUAAAUGAGUUAAUGAAUCUGCCAGAUCUGUGAAUGAUAGAGAUUAUGCUAAAUUAAUGCUGAUUCUUUGUGUGUGUGGGAAAUCUCUGUAGAGCACCUUUUCUUUCUUAGACUAAGUAACCCAGUACAAUAGUUGUGAACUGAAUAAUUAAAACUUUGGCUUCUCUUAGGAAAAGACGACUUCCUAGUCAUAGGUGUCCUAUGGGGAAAUUUAUUUUUUUUAAUGUCCUGUUCCUUAAUGCUGCAAAUUAUCAGUAUUUAUAAAGUAACUGAUUUUGCACCACUUUUUGUUACUGUGACCACGGCAGAACAAUGUCUUCUAGACUGUAUCUAUGUAAGGUUAUUAGAAUGGUAUCUGUUCAUUUUAGUGAUAUGAAGAUCACAACUAACAACUGACAAAUCAGAGUUUGCCAGUUCAAAUUCAGCAUGGCUGCAGCUGAUUAAGAAAUUGAGAUGAUUAUUCUUUGCUAGCCUCUCUUACUAAUGGAAUUAUAUACUGGCCAGUAAAAUGGGCCUCCCAAUUGCUGUUUCAGCAGGUUUUAAACCUUCAGGAACACCAGUUAGGAAAAUAGCUCCAGAAAAUAUAGAUAUAUUUUAUUUUUAUUAAAAUGGCAGUCUACAUCAUAAUUGGCAUUUCUCAAGACUGUCUUUACCAGAAUCUGUGUGAAAUAAGGCAAUCUAGUCUCCUUGAAAAGAAAAUCUCUUGGAUGUUUAGGAAGGAAGACUUGGCCGUGAUGUGGUGUCCUGGCUUUGUGGUGUAGUGCUGUGUGUAUGGAGUUAGUGUAAAAACAUGGAUUACACCAAGUGGAAGAAACGUCUUCUUGCCAAGCUCAUUCUUAGAACUUACACAUCUAGAACAGCUUCCACUUUGGCAGUGAGGUCGUAGCCUUUUAGGUGGAAGAAGUGAGGGUGCAGCGUGUCAGACACAACAUUCAUGUUACUCUUACAUUGGAAUCUGAAGGUAGUUCAGACUUCGUGGGUUUUGUUUUUAAGCAAAACAAUGUGAAAACAUUUAAGUUUGAAAUGUUGCAUUUGAAGUUAUGAUCAUUUAAUAUAUUCAUAUUACCAAGACUAUUAUACUGGAAGUGGUUUCUUUUUGUGUUAUAAAGGUUUAAUUUUACAUAAGGCAGUUACUUAAUGUGAUUUUUAACCCUUAAAAAAGUGGAGAUGUAUACAUUUGUUAACAAUGCCAUGAAAGCAUUUUCUUUCUCCUAAGGAAAAGUGAAUUUCUUAUCAGAAUAUCUGGCUGGCCCUGUAAUUUAAAUUAAAAUAAAAUUUUGGAGAAACAGCA